AUCGAUUGAGCCAUUACCUGAGUUGUUACCUGUCACUUCAUCAGAACUUGCAGCAUCAUCUUCAGGAGACUCAGAGCCAUUACUGUAUGAAGGGUGGAAGACAACUUUGCCGUCCGUCGAUCAAGACUGGAUUUCCAAGGCUUUCUUCAGCCGCAAUGCCAGGAAUAAGGUAGAAUUCAGGAUGGAGAAAGUCACCCAGCUUUGGUUUGAACCACCACAACCAAGUUUACACACCACUGCCAGGACCCGCAUCCAGAGAUACUUCGCACAUCGUCUCUUCCUCUGGAUGCCAGUGAACAUCUGGGGUGUAAUACUUCAUUGCCCCCACAAGGAUUCAGAGACAAACAUUUUGUGUAAUGGGGUUCUGACCAGAUCUGGGAUGCACCAGAAGACGCUAACAUGUGAUAAAAAGAAUAUUACAUUUGUGACUUUCCACAUUGAAUUUAUUAAACGAGUUCAAUAAAAUUGAUAAAAUGCUCGGCAGAGCCUCGCAUUUUAUUAUUUUAUUCAACUCGUUUAAUAAAUUCAAUAUGAAAAGACACUCAUGUAAAUAUCCUCUAUAUAUAUAAGAAAAUGUUUCAUGGUGAAAAUGAAAAUACGAUAUCUGUUUUGUAGGCAUAAUGGAAAAAUCUCUUCGAUUAGUGACGAAACUUAAUACUUUAACGAGUGUGCAGCACGAAUGAAAAUAUUAAAUUUUACCACUAUGAGAUGAGAUAUAUAUCCACUGAAAAUCUGUUAAAUGCACUUUUUGGCAUUGGUUUAUAUAAGAUUUAAAAAUUGUGGGAAACAUCGCUUGAAAGCAUUACAGAAAUGAUGUCAUUUUAACGACAUAAUUAUGCGCUAGACACUAUAUGUGCUUUUAAAUACGACUGAGUAAAUAGGAAAAGCGUGUACUAAAAGUGUUAGAAUGUCAUGUAAUGCAACACUGAUUGUGUUUGCUGUUUGUACAUAUUUAUGUUGUUCAACUUGUUGCCUAUUGGAACUUUGUCCAUUCCUUCCAGGUGUCAGGGGCAGUUGGGAAGCUGGACAAUGUUAAUUGUUCCUGUUGCUGGGACAAUAUAUUGAUUUAUUUUCUUUUAUUUGAAUGUUCAUUGUGGGCUCUCCUUUUGUUAAUCAUACCCUCAUACAUUUUAGUCACUGUCAAAAUAUAAUUUUUGCAGGAAAUUUUGAAAUUACGUAUUUUCCAUUGGCAUCGUUACCAUUGUAAAUUCAGAUUUGAAAGGUUAGGACUUUGAAAAUCAUGGGUUAAACCAUGCGUUUUAGCCAGAAACAAGAAAGGUAAUGCUACUGUACUUUCCACUUUUUCAGCUCUCAGCAAUUUAAAAACAACCUUUUCUGGGACUUUUUCAUUGAAACCUGUAUCAUUAUUUUGGAAAUUAUAAGAAAGUCAGUUGUGAUGUCAAAACUUUUUACCAUAAACCAAAACGGUAAUUGCACACUUUCGAUUUUGUCCGCAAGUUUUUUUAAAAAUCUUUAACAUCUUCUCUAUUAAAGUGAGUUGGAUUAUUAGAAUAUUAGUUAACUGUAUGAAAAAUGUAAAUUCUU